CGGCGGGGGAGCAGCGAGCGGGCUUCCGCGAGCCCGAGGAGGCACAAGCCUGUCCUGGGUACUCGCAGGUCUGCGCGUCUGUUGUUCCCAGAGCUCUGAGAGGCCUGAAAAGGAGGAGCAACCUGUCCAGAAUCCCCGCAGGACAGGAAAAAGAGAAAUCUCGACAUGGAAAAACCCUACAAUAAAAAUGAAGGAAACCUGGGAAACGAGGGAAAGCCAGAAGAUGAAGUAGAGCCUGAUGAUGAAGGAAAGUCAGACGAGGAAGAAAAGCCAGACGUGGAGGGGAAGACAGAAUGCAAGGGAAAGAGAGAGGAUGAGGGAGAGCCAGGUGAUGAGGGACAACCGGAAGAUGAGGGAAGCCAGGAAAAGCAGGGCAAGUCCGAAGGUGAGGGCAAGCCACAAGGCGAGGACAAGCCAGCCUCCCAGGCAAAGCCAGAGAGCCAGCCGCGGGCCGCGGAAAAGCGCCCGGCUGGAGAUUAUGUGCCCCGGAAAGCAAAAAGAAAAACGGACAGGGGGACGGACGAUUCCCCCAAGGACUUUCAGGAGGACUUACAGGAAAGGCAUCUGAGCAGUGAGGAGAUGAUGAGAGAAUGUGGAGAUAUGUCAAGGGCUCAGGAGGAGCUAAGGAAAAAACAGAAAAUGGGUGGUUUUCAUUGGAUGCAAAGAGAUGUACAGGAUCCAUUUGCCCAAGGGGACAACGGGGUGUUAGGGGAGUGA